AUGACUUUUACUGCUCUUGCAUCAUAUUCUACAGCUGUCAGGAGACCAAUUGAACCAGUUGGUCCAUACUUUUUAGCUCACGCUACUAGAACUAUCAAAGGUCACAGUUGGUCUGAAUUUGAAAAGAUUGAGGCUGAGAAGAAUGUUGUCACUGUCGAAGCAAAGGACUCAGAUGAAGAUCUAUUUGAUGAAUCUAUUGAUGAUGAAGAAUUACUGAAUCAUGAUCCAAGAGAUUGGAAAUCGUGUGAUUUGUAUGCUGCAUUAGGAUUAUCAAAAUUAAGAGUCAAGGCAACUCCUGAACAAAUUGUUAAGGCUCACAGAAGAGCUGUGUUACAACAUCACCCAGAUAAGAAGUCAUCUGCAGGUGGUUCUUUAACACAGGAUGGUUUCUUCAAGAUUAUCCAAAAAGCUUACGAAACCUUGAUGGAUCCAAUCAAGAGAAGACAAUUUGAUUCCGUUGAUGAAUUUGCAAACAUUUCACCACCUUCUACCAAACCAGCAGAUGAAGACUUUUACGCUGCUUGGGGCCCAGUUUUCUUAAACGAGGCUAGAUUUUCAAACAAACAACCUGUUCCAACUUUAGGAGAUGCAUCAUCUUCCAAAGAAGAAGUUGAAGCAUUCUACAAGUUUUGGAACAACUUUGACUCUUGGAGAACCUUUGAGUGGUUAGAUGAAGAUGUUCCAGAUGACUCAGCAAACAGAGAUCAUAAGAGAUAUAUUGAAAAGAAGAACAACAAUUCCAGAAAGAAGAAGAAGACUGAAGAUAACAAGAGAUUGUCCGAUUUAGUUAAGAGAGCACAAUCUGAAGACCCAAGAAUCAAGGCAUUCAAGGAAGCAGAGAAGGAAGAAAAGGCAAGAAAGAAGUGGGAAAGGGAAGCAGGUGCAAGAAAGGCUGCAGAGGAUGCAAAGGCAAAGGCAGAAGCAGAAGCUAAAGCUAAAGCUGACGCAGAAGCAGCAGCAAAGGCAGAAAAAGAAAACGCCAAAAAGGCAAAGGAAGCAGCAAAGGCAGCUAAGAAGAAGAACAAAAGAGCUAUCAGAGCAGCAGCCAAGGACAAUGAAUACUUUGGUGAUGCUGAUAAAUCCGCUUCUAUUGAUGCAGACAUUGAUCUAUUAAUUGAAUCUUUCGAUGAUGUUAAGUUAGGUGAUGUUGCAGGAAAAUUAAAGGGUGUGUCUGCCGAUGCUGCCAAAGCAGUUCUAUCCCAAGUCGCUGCAGAACAAACUGCUGCAGGUAAGGUUUCUUCAUUAUCUUACUUUAACUAG